GAAGAUGGCGUCUCUGCGCUGCAGGCGAGAUCUGUGCGGGGUGAUCUGCAUCAUCCUGACCUACUUCAGCGUGCUCUACGCCGACUACGUGGUGAUCAAGUAUGUGCUGCUCCCCGCCUACUCGGGCAGCGUGUGGUGUGCUCUUCACGGCUCGGCCUUCAACAUGAUCCUGCUGCUGCUGCUGGCCUGCCACUUCAAGGCCGUCUUCUCAGACCCUGGUAUGGUGCCUCUGCCCGACACGGCCAUCGACUUCUCAGACCUGCGCUCCCAGUCCACGCGGAUCAACGAGCGGGGCUGCGAGGGCUGGACGGUGUGCAGUCGCUGUGAGACGUACAGACCUCCCAGAGCGCACCACUGCCGCGUCUGCCAGAGGUGCAUACGCCGCAUGGACCACCACUGCCCCUGGAUCAACAAUUGUGUCGGGGAGCUGAACCAAAAGUAUUUCAUCCAGUUCCUCUUCUACACCGGCAUGGCCAGCCUGUACUCCAUGCUGCUGGUGGUUUGGGCCUGGCUGUGGAGGAUACGCACUGAGAGGGACGGCGACCCGGAGAAGGACGGAGACGAGACGCCCAGCAAACACCUGAUCGUCGCUCAUUACAUCAUCCUGCUGGUGGAGUCGGUGCUGUUCGGCGUGUUCGUUAUGGUGAUCUUCUACGAUCAGCUGGUCUCCAUCAUCACUGACGAGACGCCCAUCGAGCAGAUGAGGAACCGGGUGAUGAUCAAGGACAGAGGCUCCACAUCCCCGUCGUCCUCGUCGUCACAGCAACCGCACCUCCCGCACACCCGCAAGCCCAAGCUGGCGCUGCUGCGCGAGGUCUUCGGGAGAGGUUCGAUCUUCUGCUGGCUGCUGCCCCUCCAUCCCAGCCCUCCGUCCUUCGGAGGAAUCAUCUACUCCUCGCUGCCCGACUACGACGUCUGACCCUCCACCCGUGAGCCUGAAGGGAGACGAGGGAAACCUUCACUUCAGAGUGUGAAUGCGUGCCUAUCUAUAAUGUCUUACCUUUGACCCGGGAGAGGAAGAAACGGGUGGGAAUGGAUGAGCGGAUGGAUGAACGGAUGAAUGAACGGAUGA